AUGUCGCGUGAGCGUCCCUUGCCGUGGCUACUGAAGCUGAUUGAGAUCAACGAGAGAACGAAAAUUGAGAACCGCUACAGCGUCCUCCCGAUCGACUAUCCUAUAUGGCUCCAGGACUACAUUCUGUCCAACACAGAAUGCGAUAAUAUGUUCAAACAGUAUGGCAUCCCCCUAGCAAUACUCGCGGCCACGCAAGCCAUCGCAGACUGGGGCGGCAAUCCAAUGGACAUCACCCACGUGGUGGCGAUGACCUGCACAAGUACGUCGAGCCCUGGAUUCGACUGCACACUCUGCCAGGAACUCGGGCUCGCCAAGCAUGUCCGCCGGACAUUGUUGAAUGGGAUCACUUGCGCUGGCAGCGUAGCGGCCCUUCGUACAGCAUACGACCUUCUGCUUGGUGCGACACAACAAGGGAAGCCGGGCCGUGCUCUUGUGAUUGCUACUGAGACUCAGACUGUUUAUAUCAAAGGUUGGUUGGACAUCGUCGCAAGGGAAUCAAUACCCAAUCUUGCCCCGACCUUGUUCGGAGAUGGCGCCAGCGCACUGGUCCUCAGUAACGGGGUCGGUGUCAAGGAGAGCGAAAGGGAGCCUAUAUGGAAUAUCCACGGCGCUCAAUCAACGCUUCUGGAUGAAGCAGGCAAUAUUGGAAUUCAGUGUACUCCCACAGGAAUCAUGCCGAUAAUCUCCAAGGAGGUCCCAAGGCUCGUCCAGGCGGCCUUGCCACCUUCAUUUGGGAACCUCAUCAGUAACUGUUCCUCCCUUCGCCUGGAAGAGUCCAACUUCGAUCCCACUACAUACGACUGGGCGUUACAUCCGGGCGGUCAGGCGAUCCUGACUGCGGCUGAGAACGCUUUAGGGCUUUCAUCUGACGAUCACUUGCGGAUGAGCUAUAAGUGCUAUAGUAAUGCUGGUAAUACCAGUUCGGUGACGGUUCUUAGUAUUUUGCAUCAGCUGGCACGGGGAUAUCGAGAGGGAUCGCCCGGUCGUACCAAGGUGAUUGGGGCGGCCUUUGGUGCUGAUAUAACCAUGGAGAUAAUAGCUCUUACGAAGCCGUCAUGUGGAUCAGUCCAUUGA